GGGAGAUUCAUUAACUAUUAGUAGUAAGUCAAAAUAGUUGACGAUCCCCAGCUUUUCUUCCAGUCACCGCCCGAGGAAGAGCAAACCAUUCUGCAACCCUUCGAUUUCCCCUGGUUCCAAACAAGUAAAUAUCCCCCCCCUCCCCCCGGACCAACUCUUUCUACCGUUGGUUUUGUUGUAUCUUUCUUACGGAUCAAUCAUCAUUCUUGGGUCAACACGUGAGGGGGGUUCGAUCGACCGUCGUUAUCUCUCGCCUUUUCUGGAAGGGCUGCCUUCACCCUUCGACAGGAAGGAAAUUGGCUUAGAACGUGUCAUUUUCGGUGCCUGUUUUUGUUAUUUCUUUUUUUUUAAUAAGUCACACCCCACAUAAAACCCUCCGCUAUGGCUAGUACCUCGAGUCAACAGGUGCCCAUUGUGAUGGUCAUUGAUUUCCACCAUGCAAGGGGCCCCGAGAUCGAGCACUGUAUAGGAAACGAGGGGACCGACCCCGCGGUGGAAAAUGACUGGUCUUUAUUACCAUUCAUGGCGCUAUCGGACGGCGCGCAUAUGUCGACCGAGGAAUUCUCGUAUUUCACCCUGCACCAGAAAGAGACCGCCACGGAGCCGGCGACUUCGCUUUUCGGUAUCGCUUGCGCCAGGCAGAUCGACGCGAGCAUUCUCAAGUACAAGCCGCCGGAGGUUACGCGGUCUACGGUGCAGAAGGCUGUCGUGGUGGUGACGGAUAGUCCCCAAUAUCUGGGCCAAUUGAGGGAGAAAUUGUCGGUGGUGACGACGGCUUGGUUUGCGCAACGGGACUUUUCGGACUUUGAUAUCCUCAAGAAAUUCCGGGAAGGGCUGGUGAUCAGCCUAGAGAAGAAUGAGGGCUUCAAAGACCAAAACUUGGGACUUUCUCUGCGGGAGAUGAUCCACGAGUUCAAGUAUCAGACGCUUGUAUUGUUCAAGGCUUUGCUUCUACAGCCAAAGAUGCUGUUCUUCGGCUCGAGAUGCGAACGCCUGUGCAUGAUCCAGUUCUCGCUCGUCUCUCUCAUACCGGGCCUUAUGAACAGUCUGGGGGACUGUGCCGAUCCCUCAUUCGAUAAUUAUGCACGAACCGUCCAGAAACCGACCUCCCUCAAAACUAGCGACAGAAGCUCUUUACUAUCUUAUAUGGGUCUGCCAUUGCAAAUUUUUGGAAAGGGCAGCAUGUUCGGGCCGUACACACCAUUACAGCAGCUGGAUCUGCUCGCAGAUGACGGAACCAAGUCAUACGUUGUCGGGUCGACAAAUUCGUUGCUCUUGCAGCAGAAGGACCGCUAUAGUGAUAUUUUAAUCAACCUUGACGAAGACACCAUCAACAUCUCAUCCCUGACUUUACGAAAUGCAUUGGCGCUGUCGACUGCGGAUAGACGUUGGAUCGACCUCCUUACCCAAAUCAUCAACGAAACGUGGGAUGAAAGCCACCCGGAACGCCCCAAAACGCACGGCUAUAUGGGAUCCGAGGAGUUCAUCAGACUUCAAUUCGAGGAAUACUUACUCGCACUACUCGCCUGCAUGAAGUACCACGAAGAACUUGACUCGUUCAACGCCGGUGAUCCUGGUCGGAGGACCCAGGAGCAGAUAGAUGGACUUAACAUUGAAGGCGAUCCGGCGUUGGAAUUCAACGGAGAGUUCCUGGCAAUGUGGCAAAACACCUCCAACUACGCUCUCUUCUCGCGUCUCACAUCCGAUGCCCUGCCUUUCUCGAUCGUCGAACCCCGUCAUCCUUGCGCUGGAGGCCUCACAAUCGACGACGUCCAACGGCGCAUCUCGCAACAGGUCGCAGAUCUCCAUCUCGACGACCGCGUCCGCGAAGGCCGCGAAGCGCUCAACCGGCAUCUAAGCACCGGCCAGAAGAAAAUGAGCGCCGCCUUCAACAGCUUCUGGUCCGACAUCGAAUCGAUGCGCGAGGCCCAGAAAAAGCGCAACGAAGAGAAGGCAAUGCAGUCGCAGCGACAGUCCCUAGACGGAGGAUCUCCACCGCAACCACCACCUCUCCCACGUUCAAACUCGGCAGCCGCCUCGACAACAGCAGGCUCCGCUUGGAUGGGCCGCAAAGCACCCCCGCUCGACAUCAACCAAGCGCAAGCCUCAGUCAACUCCGUGGGCCAAAAGGCAGGCGCGUAUCUCAGCUCAUGGAGCUCAUGGGCCUCUGACAAACGCAAGGAGUGGCAGGAGAAGAAAUCUUCUUCCCCCUCCUCCCCCUCCUCAGUCACCUCCCCGUCGACUCCCAUCCUCGCCACCGUCGCCGAGACAACUGACGCCGAAAGGGGCAGACGGAAGUCUCUUCAAGCGCGUCGCAGCGAGGACUCGAACGCGAGCCUUUCAAGCGUCAGCCUUUCUCUCUCCCGCAGCGGAAGCCGCAGAAAGAGAUGGAGCAAUAUCCUCUUGAGGCGCGAAAGCGGCGAAUUCGGUCCCCUCCACCGAAAGGGUGAUAGCAGCGGUGAGAGCAGCGAUUACGAGCCUGUUUAUCCGAGAUCGCCCUUGUCUCGGGAAGCUCCUGUGCUCGGGGAGGACAUAAAAGAGCCGGAUGUUACGGCCACGGAUCAUCCAGAACAAGCGAGUGCCGAUACCGAAGCCCCGAAGGAACCGAAAGCCUCACCACCACCCCCGGUGACCGACAAGGAAAGCCAUACUCGGACGUCUCAAUCUCAAGACAAUGCCAAAGAGGAAGAACACGGUGAUCGCCCCCAACAGCCAACAAAUGAAGAGAAACCCCCCUUACCCUCCGAGACCGCCAGUCUUUCCACCAAAUAAUCCGUUUUUGUCCCUUUUUUGUUUCUUUUUUUUUUCUUUUCAAUAUCCAGUUUGGACCUUCUACCAGUCUUGGUCUUGGUCUUUCUUGGACAUGAUGAUCUACACGGCACUGACUUACGGGGUGGCUUUCUCUCUCUUUCAUCUUAAUCUUUUCAGCGACGUCUAUAACACAUUAUAUCACACACAUCUCAAACCAAACCGGGGAGCCAUUGGUGGCUCCCAAGCAAAUGUCCAAUCUACACCUGUUGAAACUUCGAUACCCAAAUGCAGGGCUUACUUUUGUGUUAGUACUAUCUGCUUUUUUUUUCCCACCCCUUUAUUCGCUUGUUUCAAUCUGUCAUCUAUGGGUAUGAUUAAAGCCAAAGAUAAUCGUGUAAUAUAUAUACAUACUUGAACUCAUUCA